AAAUACAAAGGAUUAAAAUCAAAGCUAGAAAAUUUUGGUCAUGCACCUCAAAGCUGUAGUAUUUUAGUCUAUGGUCUCUUUUUUCUCUAGUCUCUGAUUUUUGACAGCUGCAGUGGAAGAGAUUCAAGCCGAAAAUGUACAAAUUUACGAACCAUUUAGCCAACGCAAGGUUGGUUUUGGUACGCAAGCAGCUGGACGGCACCUGCGCCGCCCUGGUGCUCAUGCGCCAGCGGCGGCCACUGGGCACCAACCCCCCGGAGAAUUGCCCGCAGCCAUCGCCUCCGCCCAAGAGUCGGAAGCUGCUGUAUGGCACGCUAGGGGCUGUACUGCUCACUGGCGGCGCCAUUGUCUAUGCCAAGAACAGUCCCGAAGCCCGCAGCUGGGUGGAAAGCAACAUGCCUUUAGCAAACGACUUCAUCGCACUAGUGUACCAGGAGAACACAACCUAUUGGAAGACAGCUGUCGAUAAAUUCAACAGUAUCACCACUUCACUCGGCCACGUGAUGUUCGGAAAGGAGGGUGUGGUCCCAAUCGAGGUCAGAAAGAAGACCAAUGAGGAGUUUGAGGCUGAAGCCAAGAUAAACCUCGGACCCAAGAAUUAUAAAUUGCCCCCGCCGGCGUUCGAACCUCUGUACUACGAGGAACCGAAAAUAGUCGCCCCUCCGGUACACCAGCCAGCAAUCCUCAUCCAAUCGGACAAAAGUGAGCCCCAUCCACCAUUGAAGAUCGAGAUAACCAAGGACCUAGUAGAACUUGAACAAGAGAUGCACGACAACACCCGUAUCGCCGUAGACAACUAUAAAGAAGCGGUUAAACACGCUGAGAGAUACAACAAGGCGUUGUAUAGGAUUGUGGAAUGCCCCAUCGAGGACUUGGACAGCAACUUGUUCAAGAAUCUGCAAUCCUCGAAACACGAGCUUGAUACAACUGAAACUACGGCCAAGAACGCUUCCGCAAAGGCCCGCUGUGCCAUUGAGACCAUAGACCGUAUGCUCAAAGCCGGCGUGAAGGCGCCUCCGGAAAGCAUCGCGUCCACCAAGCGCUACCUUAAGCAGUUCCGCGAAGACCUGUCCAGGGUCGAGAUAGCCUUCAACGAGGAAAAGGAGAAGGCCGUGCUCAGCGACAAAUACUGGGAAAAGGUGAACCACGCCCGUCAGACGUACAAGCGCGAGCUGCAGGCUAUGUUCCCCGGCUUGGAUCUGAGCGCGCGGAAGUUGGACGUACGAGGAGACACCGACCUGCUUCUCUUGUACACGCUCCGCCAGGUGGCGUAUCUUCAAAAUGAAAUCGCCGAAUUGCACACAGUCAGAGAACUCAAAAUGAACAGAGCGAUUGAAUGUCACGACGAGAAAAAGCUGAUCGAAGCCAAAGUGGAGGACAUGAUUAAGAAGGAACAGUUAGAGAAGGACAAGGAAUUCAAUAAAAAGCUCCUAGAGGUACACGCGGAGGCGGCGCGGCAGAUGAGAGAACAGCUCAAGAAACAGUUCGAGGUUCAACAGGACGUCAUGCAGGCCGCUCUAGCCAGGAAGGAGCAAGAGGUGAUGUCCAAAUUCAGCCGCCAAGUGUCCGAACAAGUUGAAAAGGAGCGUGUCAUCUUCAAGCGUGAGCUGGCCGCCAUGGCGGGUAAACUGCAGGCUAUUGAGCAGACACUCAAACAACGCGCGAAAGCCGAGGCGGAGGCGCGGCGCUCGCAGUCGCUGUGGGCGGCGGCCGAGGCGCUGCUGGCCGCCACGCGCCGCCCCGCCGCGCAGGUCUCCGUCGACAAGGAGCUGGAGGCGCUGGAGAAGGCCGGUAAAAACGAUAAGCUGGUCGAGACCGUGCUGAAAGGGAUCCCGCAGGACGCGCGCAAAAAGGGCAUUGUCACAGAGAAGACGCUGCGAGAUAGGUUUGAUUUGAUGGAGCAGAACGCAGCGAAAGUGGCGCUAGUCGGAAGAAAUGGUGCUUCUCUACCCAUCUACUUUCUCUCGUGGGUGCAGUCCAAACUACUCUUCCCUAAGCUAGCUGAAAUACCGCAAGACGAAUUAGACAACCAACCCAUAGACUUCUCGCAGUUAGAUACCUUCGACAUUAUCCAGAGGGCAAGGUACUACAUGGAUCACGGCAACCUGCCAGCGGCGCUGCGUUAUAUAAACCUCCUGCAAGGCGGCCCGCGUGCGGCGGCCAUCCCGUGGCUGGAGUGCGCGCGCGCACACCUGGAGAUCAAGCAGGCCGCCGAGGCCGUCAUGGCGCACGCCUCCGUCUCCGGCUUACUGUACUUGUAGAGACUACAGCGUGAAUAGACUUGGAGCCCAAUCUAGCAGGAUUGACAUAAAACAUGGAUGUCCCAUAAAAAGAGGAAAAUGGCCAACUUGGUAACGUCAUACUAAUUUUGAAAUAUAUAUAUUCAAAUCACAGUAAAUUUCUUAUUUCCAUUAGAGUCUACACAUACCGUUAUAGACUCUAAUGGAAUAGCAAUAAAUAUCAAUUUGCAUUGUAACGAAUUGUAAGUACAUAUAUGAAAUGAAUGUUAUUUGCGUACUGAAGUUGUCUAAGACCGAUGUAGGAAUUAUUUUACUGUUGUAAACUUUAUUUCUAUAAAAAAACGACUAAAAAUCAACACAGACGAUAACGAGAGUAGUACAAAAAAACAGUAAAAUGUUUAUAAACUGUUUAGACAACGGUUUCACUGACUUGAAUUUUUAGUCGCUAUUGUCAGGCGUGGCUCACUCCGCGAUUUCGUCGCGUCGCUACAAGUACAUGCGGCCCACACCAAUGUUGGUGUCUAGCAGUAGUGGUUGCCCCGCACCGCUACGGAACGGACGCCUGUUCGCGCUUGCGCUUGUAUCUCUCGUAACAGACGCGUUUUGUUAGAGAGUGAACCUUCUGUACCCAGUACAAUUAUUUAUUCUGUGCUAUUGUCGUGUAUUGUGUGUUGCUGUUGUCGUCUAAACAGUUUAAAAUAUGUCUCACGAAAGUAUAAUUUCGAGUGAAAUGUUUGUUUGGUGAAUUCUAAUAUUUGUUUACUUAAUAAAACACUGUACUUUGAUGUUUCUAUUUGUUAAACGUGUACCUAUAUAUUGUUUUUGGAUAAUUUUGCUGCUUUUCUUUGUAAAUUGAGACCUGUCAUUUCAUGUUAAACAAUGAUGGCUUUUGACACAAACUGUAUUAAAAAUAAAAGUCUCUUAAAAUUUACUUGUAAGCGAUGGAGAACAGUAAAUAUAAUUAUAUUUUCCACAUAGCUUGGGUACGGCCACAGCUGUCAUAACCUUAUUUAUAAC